UUCAGGCUGAUAAACGCGUGUCAGAGAAGGAUUUAGUCUCGGUAAUCUGUUCUUGAUUCGCGUUCGCUCUUUUUGGUCUCGCUCGAGCGCCGUAGCCGAUCCUCCGAGUCACAUGUGGACUGUGUUCUGUGUUUACUCUGAAACUGACUAAAGUCCUGCUGAAGCUCUGACUCGACCCAGGCCAGCCGGUGACAUGAGCAGGUAUUAUGUUGGUGUGGACGUGGGCACUGCCAGUGUGCGAGCGGCUCUGGUCACGCAGGACGGUCAGGUCAAACACAUGGCAGAGGAGCCCAUUAACAUAUGGGAGCCGUGUGCUGACCAUUACGAGCAAUCAUCAGAGGAUAUCUGGAGCAGAUGCUGCAGCACUGUGAAGCGAGUGACUCAGGACAUCGAUGUGGAGUCUGUUCGAGGGAUCGGCUUUGAUGCCACCUGCUCAUUGGUGGUUCUGGACCGGCACUUCCUGCCCGUGGCUGUCAAUCACACAGGUGUCCUGGAGAGGAAUGUGGUGAUGUGGAUGGACCACCGGGCGGCAGAUCAAGCCUCUCGUAUCACAGCCACCAAACACAGAGUGCUUCUGGGAGUCGGGGGCGUGAUGUCACCCGAAAUGCAGCCACCCAAAUUACUAUGGCUCAAAGAGAAUCUGAGGGACACCUGCUGGAAAGAAGCGGCACACUUCUUUGACCUUCCUGACUUUCUGUCCUGGAAAGCCACAGGCUCUUUGUGCAGGUCUUUAUGUACUCUGGUGUGUAAGUGGACGUAUUCUCCAUCUGACGGCUGGGACGACACGUUCUGGAGCGCCAUCGGUCUGGAGGACCUGAUGGAGAACAGUUACUUCAAAAUCGGCCAGCAGACGUGUUGUCCAGGGACUCCGGUGGGACGAGGACUGACCGCAGCGGCGGCUGCAGAUCUGGGUCUGAUUCAGGGCACCGCUGUGGGCGCUUCACUCAUAGACGCUCACGCAGGAGGCUUGGGGGUGAUGGGGGCAGACGUGACCGGGCAUCAGCUGCCCUGUGAGCAUCGGCCCGUCUCGUCCCGUAUGGCCCUCAUAUGCGGCACGUCUUCAUGUCACCUGGCUGUCAGCACACAGCCGCUGUUCGUCCCCGGGGUCUGGGGCCCGUAUCUGUCUGCCAUGCUGCCGGAGCUGUGGCUCAAUGAGGGAGGACAGAGCGCCACGGGACGCCUGGUGGAGCAUGUGGUGAGAGGACACGCGGCGUACAGGCAGCUGGAGGAGCGGGCGGAGCACAGCGGGAAACACGUGUACUCGUACCUGAACGCUCACCUGGAGAGCAUGAGCGCAGAUGCAGAGCAGCUGACGGCACGCCUGCACGUCUGGCCUGAUUUCCAUGGCAACCGCUCUCCUCUGGCCGACCAGACGUCCCGCGGCGCGGUAAUGGGUCUCACUUUAUCACAGACACUGGAUGAUCUGGCUCUGCUGUAUCUCGCCACUCUUCAGGCCAUCGCUCUCGGCACCAGACACAUCAUAGACACCAUGAGAGCAGCAGGACAUGACAUCACAACCCUCUUCCUGUGUGGAGGACUGAGCAAGAAUGCCCUGUUUGUGCAGACACAUGCCAACACUACAGGUCUGCCAGUGGUUCUGCCAGCGGAGCGAGAGGCCGUGCUGCUGGGUGCCGCUGUGAUCGGAGCCUGCGCUUCAUCUGACUACAGCUCCAUACAGGAAGCAAUGAGGAGAAUGACCAGAAUCGGGCGUGUUGUCAGACCAAACUCUGAACUCCACAGCUUCUACAGGAGGAAGUACGCUGUGUUUCUGCGGCUUUAUGAUCAUCAGAAGGAGUGUGUGGAGCUGAUGGAGGCCGAAGCUGUUUGACAGGCAGACGCUUUCUGAAGAGCAAGAUUAAACACUGAGAUCCUUGAAGACUGCUUCAGAUAAUAAACAACACCAGGUUUUCAUUACUCCAGGAAAUGUUUUUACUGAACACACAAAUACUGAUAGUACUUGAGGGUUCAGCCUUUUACAAACCCUAUUCCAAAAAAUCUGGGACGCUGUACAAAUUGUGAGUAAAAAGGGAAUGGAAUAAUUUACAAAUCUCAUAAACUUUUUAUAUUUUAUUCACAAUAGAAUAUAGAUAACAUAUCAAAUGUUGAAAGUGAGACAUUUUGAAAUGUCAUGCCAAAUAUUGGCUCAGUUUGGAUUUCAUGAGAGCUACACAUUCAAGAAAAGUUGGGACAGGUAGCAAUAAGAGGCCGGAAAAGUUAAAUGUACAUAUAAGGAACAGCUGGAGGACCAAUUUGCUACUUAUUAGAUCAAUUGGGAACAUGAUUGGGUAUAAAAAGAGUCUCUCAGAGCGGCAGUGUCUCUCAGAAGUCAAGAUGGGCAGAGGAUCACCAAUUCCCCCAAUGCUGCGGCGAAAUAUAGAGGAGCAAUAUCAGAAAGAGUUUCUCAGAGAAAAACUGUACAUUGUCCCAAUUUUUGGGGAAUCUGGUUUGUACACCUAAAUAUCACACAGAUAAAAUCCAAUAAAACCACUUCAGGUAAAAGAGGAAGAGGAACCAAGUCUUUUUUAAAGAUUAAUUUAACAUGAUUUAUUUGUGUGGGUUUUAAAAACAUUAUUUCACAAAAUAAACAUGAUAUUGAAAUUUGUCACUUUGUUUCCUACAGUUAUUUUGGAAUAAAUGUAAAAAUGCUUAAAAUACUAACUUGGUAUAUACUUAGAUUUAAUAAAUCAUUGAUUACUGAAAAUGUAAAAAUACAAUUUAGAAUUGUUUUUGUUUAUUUGUAUUUUUGCAAAAUGUCGACAAUACAGGGAUAAUUCCCCCAAAAAUGAACAUUUGCUGUUAGUUUACUCAUCCUCAAGCUAGCUAAGAUGUUGCAGACUUAUUUUCUUCAGCAGAACAGUAAGAUGAUUUUUAGCUAAAGUCGUGGUGAUUCAUACAGUGCAAGUCAAUGGCUACCGUCACUC